UAAUAUUUGUGAGGUGUAAUAGUUAAUGGCAGAUAAUACAAAUCAACAGAUUGGCCACACAUUCUUGACCAGGAACGUAGACGUCACGGGUUUCACGAAAAGGCCAGGCAUGACUAUGAGUGUUAUCUCAGCUUUCCCACAGAAUAACGUCCCUGAUACAAAAGGGAAUAUGAGCUCUAGGACAGGCACUGUGUUCGGAGGUGUUCUGACCAUACUCGCAAUCAUGAUAGGCAGUGGCGUAAUUGGGAUUCCUUAUGCUGCCUUCAAGCUAGGUCUUAUUUUAGGACUUGGAGUAUUGUAUUUGGCUAUAGUCCUAGGACUUCAAUCCGUCGAUUUAUUAUACGAAAGUUCAAGAAUGACAGGGCUUAAUAGUUUGAGUGAGAUUGGAUUCUUCUGACUUGGCAAAGUGUCUGUGUACAUCAUCAAUAUUGUAGUUUUUACAAAAAGUUUUGGAAUGCCAAUUAUUUACUUCAUUCUCACCGGAACUUGCUUUAGCCAAAUUGCUGAGAAAAUAAAUGGGGCACCAAAUUGGCUCAAACAUAGGCAGCCAUAUAUCGGGGUGACUGCUUUAUUAUUGGCAUAUUUUGUAUUCAAAAAAGACAUCACAGACCUUAAGCCAAUUGCAUUCUUCUUGUUCCUUGGCGUGCUUGGUUUCAUAGCUCUUCUGGGAGUUCAUAUGAUUUUUGAGCAGAGCACUACUUGGAACCAUGAUGAUCAUCCUCAUAAAGAUUACUUCUUUCCAUUUAACGAAAAACAAAGCAAGAUGAGACUGAUAUACAUGUGAACAACUAUCUUGGUAGGAGUUUCCUUCCAGACUGUCUUCUUCCCUGUGCUUAAUAACUUGAAGGAUAACACAAAGAGAAAUGUAAUGAAGACAGCUGCUACAUCGAUGAGUAUUGCUGGAUUCAUCUACACUGCUUGUAUCUUCAUCUCAGUCUACGCCUUCGGGGACCACGUCCAUUCUGAUAUAUUACAAAAUAUUGGAGAGAAUUCUGGAUGGGAAACCUAUAUCUUGGGAGCAAUGUUUGCUGUUGUUGGAGCUCUCCAUAUUCCUCUUAUCUUCUUUGUUGCUAAAGAGGCUAUAUUAAUUGUGGUAUUCACCUUCUUUUAUACUAAAUCUGAGGGUUCUGAAGAAGUGAUGGAGGAGCAGGAGACUUCUCAUCUCUUAGUUGAAGAUGUCUCGCAUAUCUCAAGAGUAGCCCCAAAGUCAGAUUUUGCAGGAGAUGAAAAUGGUGAACUUCCCCAAACUCAAUCUCAGUUGAAUAAAACAGCUCUCAAGAAGACAACAGUUAUCCCAAAUAUCGAUGUAUCGAUAACCCAACAAGUUUUAGCGGUUAACAAUAGAUUAAGACAAGGAGGAAAUAAGAAUUAUGAGAAAGAGCUCAAAGCUGCUGAAGGAAAUACAAAGGAGCCUACUCAUCGUGACCUUCCUAUUUUCCUUUACCUCACAUUAACAUCAGUGAUCUACGCAUUGGAUGUCGCUUUGGCUUGCGUUCUAGAUGACGUAUCAAUUGUCUUUGGAUUUGUAGGAGCUCUUUCAAUAUCUAUGCUGUUCUUCAUCCUCCCUGGGAUCUUCUACCUCAGAUCAUGCACUCUUUCAGGAGAGAAAGGAAGCUUGUACAGAAAAUGUGUCUCCUGGUUCUACAUAAUCUUCGGAUUUAUGGUAAUGUUUGGAGGUCUGGCUUCUGUUGUUGUAAAAAUCGUUGAAGGAGAACCUCACCACGAUUCUGAUGAUGAGAUCUAA